UCACGGCGGGGCCGAGGGUGGGUGGGUGGGUGAGCGAAAACCCCAACACAAACCUGGAGACACGUAAAGGAUGGAAACGUGUGAGCCUGCGUACGUGCGUGAGAAACAUGUGUCACUUGAGCUUGGCGAAGACACCGACAGGCGAAUACAAAAUGUAAGCAGCGAUAUCCUCCUUCUCCUGGAUCACACAGACACACACAGACACACACAGACACACACAGACACACACACACACACAUCCAUCCAUUCCUCAGCCGGUCAGCCGUCAUGUAUACUACACUAUGUAGUGCUGUGCUGUGCUGUGUGUGGUGACAAAGGAGUGUCCCCACGCACCUGUCGGCAUCAAGAGACCGUGUGAUGCCGGCGAGAGGGUGAUGCUGGUCCAUCGGAGUGUGGAACCGCCGAGCCUGCACACAAUUAACACAUAGGACGGACGUGUCACAGUGACCACAUUACAUUACCCCACCAACCCACUCACACUCGCCCCCGUGUAUGUGUGUACUUGCCGUAUCGAUGGCUCUGGGGAGGUCGCCCAUGUGGUAGGCCAGCUGGCCUCUCGCCUGGCACCCUCCAGCCGCGACUUGACCUUGACCUUGCGCAGCUGCCUGCAGUGCAGUCAGCCAGUUUGGUUGCACACGCACACACACGGCAGGCAGGCAAUGGAUACGCGCAGCGCAGCGCAUGUGUGUGUGUGUGUUUCAGUUGCAGACAUACAUACCCCUCCAUGGCCUUGAGGUCAGCUUCCAUACUGACGACCUGUCAGACCAGCCAGAGAAUACACACACAUUGUACGUUCCGUUUGUUGAUGCGGCGUCACUGCACACGUGUGUGUGUGCGUGGGUGCGUCACGAGCUGAGUGCUCUGUGUCUGUCGGUGUGUACGCACCCAUGUCGAGUUGACGUGGUCGUCCCAGUAGGCCUUGACGAAGGCCCAUCGUAGCUCGGCGAGCUGGUCCAGGAGGGCUGCGCGCUCCGACGCCCAUGCGGCCUCCUUGGCUUUGAGCUGCGUGUACUGUAUCACACACACACAGAGACACAGACAGAUACACACCCAUCCCAUCAACCAGUUGUGGUGUGCAUGGUGCAUGGACGUACGUACCGCUGCCUCGGGUGUCUCCAGACGUCGCUGGUGGUCCCUCUCGGCCGCCAUGGCCGAACACUGGCGCUCCUUGGCGUCGAGAGAAACGUGCAGCCGAUUAAGCUGCAGUGCAGACCAGACACACAGACAUUUGCACGCACACAAACGACACGUCCAUACCAUACACAUAAUCAGCCCUCUCUCCCUCCCUCCCUCCCUGUCUGUCUGUCUGUCUGAGUACCCACCAU